AUGCAAGAAGAACAUGAAGACAAAAUGGAGUAUUGGUCGGAGUUAUACAUCCUGAUGCAAGAAGAAGAAGAGGCAGCCUUGGCUGCAGCCAGCGAACCCAUGCGCAAUUAUCUCAUCAACCAUAUUUUCCCUACCCUGACGCCUGCCUUACUCGAAGUCGCCAAACUGAGACCUGAUGAUCCUAUUGAUUUCUUGGCAGAAUAUUUAUUCAAAUUGAACCCAUCUGGCAAGAUGUUAGAGCCAGGUUACAAUUUACAAGCGGAGAAGUUACUUGGCAAGAUUAAGAUCUUGGACGAUGCGUUGAAAGAUCUAGAUAUCAACAUAGAUCCAUUACUUCCGCCGGAAGCCGCUGUCGACGAUCCAAAACCGAAGAAUAUAAACAGUAUGAGUGCUUUGUAA